AUGACCCCUCAAGAAGCCCUGGAUCAUCCAUCGCCUAGUGCCAGCACAGCGUCCCGCGGACUCCUGCCUCACUCGAAGUGGGCAUUGAUUCGGACAUUACAUCAACUUUUGCUAGGGGCGUUAGGGAAUGGUGGUAACGAGGUUCGAGAAUUGGUCGUGCAGUCUAAGCUUCCUUACGCGCUUAGAAAAAUUUUGGCGCAACCUUUCUUGCAUGGGGGCAAUUUGUUUCAAUCGGCCGCAAGCGUGACAACCGAAAUUGCUCAUACGGAACCAACAGCAACACCAGAUCUUGUGAAGGCUGGACUAGCCUCGACUGUGCUGAGGACCAUCGGCGUCGGGCUGCCCCCGUGCGGAGAAGCCGUGCGGUGUAUUCCAAAUAUAUUGGCCGCACUUUGUCUCGCUCCCACUGCGAAGAAAGUUAUUGUUGAAGCGAAACCGUUGAAGCGAUUCUUACUCAGGCUCGCAACUCCGUUUUACACUCGAGCACUCCACGGUGAAACCCCGGUUUUAAUUGGGAGCGCUCUCGAUGAGUUAAUGCGCCAUGUGGAACCGCUACGAAGUCAUGGCAACGAGGCUGUAAUUGAAUAUUUGCGGCUUUCGGCAAAGUUCAUUGAAACUGAUUCUAAAGGUUUUAAGAGACUGCCAAGACCGAACUCUAGCCCUGGGGACGUGGUUCGAGGGAGCAACUCUGCAAACGUUCCUACUUCUGAUGGGAAGCCAUCCGGUACUGCUCCCGGACAAGUUGUAUCUUUGAAGGGGGAUUUGGAUAGAAAUACCCCAGAUGGGGUUCUACUUGAAAGGAUGAAGCUUGCUGUAGCAAACAAUUCCUGUCGCCUGGUGGGGUUCGCUCAAGGCAGCUCAGAACACCAGCAAGGCAUCGUGGAUAACGGGGGUUUGAAGUAUAUGAUUCAGCUUCGCGAUGCCCCAGCUUUAGCCUCCGCAGAGACAUGUAUUCGAGAUGGACAAUCGUCAGCUAGACAUUAUCCAACUCCUGCGAAUACUGUGCAUUCUCUAGUUUCUGCUCUCAAGACCUUCGGCUCGCGACAUUAUGCCGCUCUGGUAAGAAUUUUAUUUUCAGUAAUACUCGAGGACGCAGCCGUUGUGUUGAAGAUAGCCAAAGAUUUAGAUGAACGGUGGCUACCAGAGGAGGAUACUAGUGAAGCUGUGGACAUCGAAACUCAAGAAAUAGGACAGUAUGUUUCAAGACAAGAUUCAUCUUCUGACUCUGGAGCAAAGUCAGUGGUCUCAUUAGGAGUGCAACCGCAUUUGCAGUCCAUCGAGAUGAAAGAAGUCGACAAGCCAUCCGAAGCAACCAGUAGUUCAGAGGACACGAAAGAGGCAGUCACUUCAAAUGGCCAAACAAAGAAUCGCGUCGAAUUGCGAGAGAAAAUGAGGACAGCACUGAAACAGCUACGCGUGGCUGUUGUCCUUCUCACUCGGAUGCCUCGUGGUGGCUCUUUAAACACCCUAACCUCCCCAAGCGUAUGGGAGGCUUCAAGGGGCUCUCAAGUGGCUGCAAUUGUUUCGACAGUGGAAAGAGCUGCCAGAUAUCACCUCGCAGUUGUUUACACUGGUUUAACAUUGAGCGCGGCGAACGAUGGAGAUCUAAGUAAUGCACGAGUAACUGCUACCUCAGACCCUGAGUUGAAACCAAUCCGCCCGGAGCAAUGUGAAGAGAUAGUUGGGAACCUCGGGAAACUUUUCGGAACCUCUAUCGAAACAAAUCCUGAUUUCGUACAGGCUUGCCAGCGCUACCGAGUACCACCGGAAGGUUACGCCCCACUUCGACAGAACGUCGAGGGUCUUGCUUGGUGCCUUGUCACGUUUGCGGUAGCAGCGCAACGUCUGUAUUCAGUUCUGUCGAAGGCGUUAGUUUCCUCUCGCAGACUGCCGCGGGGUCUACGAUAUGGGGCUGGCGCGAAGUCUGUUGCGAACGCCAUCGGUCGGAUAUUCGCAUUGCAUUUAGUAGCAGCAGUACCUCUCUGGGAUGUCAAGGUGAUAUCCAUGGGAAGAAACCGAGUUGUGGCUGCGUGGGAUUAUUUGCGUGGAAUUCUGAUCGAGAUAAAGGGAACUCUCUUCGGAGAAGAUCAUGGAAUGACCCAGUCCCUAAUCUUGAAAUCCUUCCUUGAUGCCGGCGGAGCUGAUGCCCUGCUACAAGCGACAAGGCCGUUUUUGAUUGUUCAGGCUGCGACGUCGAAGAAUCUCACAGAAACUGAAACUACUCGGGCAAGCAAGGUUGCGGUGAGAGCGAAGAUGGAAGAACUUCUAAAGAAUAGUUCACUCUCAGUGUGCUCAUACCUACUGGCAAUUGGAGAUGUAUACGAUCGUCUUCCAAGGGCUUCGUCGUUGAUGAACACGGGAGGACUUUCCGGAGGAUUGCCCAGUGCUGACGGAGAGGACACUGUCAUGUCAUCUGAUUCCGUGAGAAAUCAAGCCCAUGCUAUUUCGAAGAUCGCCGUCAAGGAAUCACAGGUACAGGCUGAUGCUCAGUCCGAAGGAUCAACAAAGGUUCAGAUGCGGUUUGAAGAUCUGAAGUCAUUGCUAACUAGUCCUAGCAGGAAGGAUGCAUUGAGAGCUCAAACGAACAGGCUGCGGGAAGAAGCAUUCGCACACUGUCAUGAGGCUGCCAUUCGACGAGUGGCUUCUGAUGUCUGGAAUACGCUUUGCGGAUUUUUGCACUUGCUUGCUUCAUGCCCAGGGCUGCUAAAUUCUGGUGCAUCGCCGAUUCCUGAUUCUCCUGGUCGCCGCACAGAGUGGGAAGCACGUGACAUUCAGCGCAGCGCUCUAACUGUGACCCUUCAGCUUCUAACCAGCGUAACGAGCCACCCGACCGAGCUACUUGCUGCAUUUAGACCAGAUGGCUCUGCAAUGUCCGAUGUUCUUGGGAUCGUUCAUACCACGUCAGAGGUUGCGGCCGAGAUGGAAGGGAAAAAAGGUACAGUGCCAGUGAAGACCAGAGGUCCUGAGGAGGAUGGUGUGCCCGAAUCGCGACAGUUUGAUCCUCCCCCACUGCGUCGUCCUUCUCCUGACCCUGAAAAUUUACGAAGCCUCGUAGAGAUGGGCUUUCCGGAGCGCCGUGCUGCUUACGCACUUCGACGCACCGCUCCAGCUGGCAUUGAGUUCGCCAUAGAGUGGCUGAUGACACAGAUGGAUGAAGCAGAUGAUGCCCUGCAGAGUGACGAUGCAGAAGAACCGAGAUGGCAAAUAUCAGCUGCUGAAAACACAACUGACAAUGGCGAAACCAACAGAAAUCCAAAUGACGACGCGGCCGAUGAAGGCGACAGCAACAACGAGGACGACGAUAAUAGCAGCGAAGGCCGUAGCCAAGCGGAGGAUGAGGAAUCAAAUGGAAACGCCGAUGUCGUAGAGAGUGAUGGGGCACACAAUUCUGAGCAAAGUUUGGAUGUUGCAGAUGACAAUCAUGAUGCCGAUAGUGCCAUGGAGGAUACCGAAGCGGCAGAUGUGGAUGUUUCUGAACAACAAGAUCAAGGCAUCCAUGACGAACCAGCCGCUCCUGGUUCUCCCAAUUCUGGUUCUCCUAUGUCCACGGGGCGUGGGAGAAGUCUUGGGCGCUCACGACAGAAGCCUCACCGAAAACCAUCUACAGCGAAGAGGAAAGAGCUACUUACUUUGAAUGUUGCAGCAGAUCAGGAUGGGCGGCGACUGGUCGAAGUCGCCCUGUUCAACGAGCUCGCAUUGUUAUCUGGCGCUCUGGAGAAGUCUAGUGCAGUUCCUGAUUCUGACAUUCCUCUAUAUCGCUCCACAGCUGCCGGCCACAUUGAGAUGAGCAGCUCCUCAGAUCUUUUGAAUGGUGGCAAACCACAGGACAUGUCUGUUCGCACUGUCCCCAUACCGAUCGAGUCUUUCAUUGCCAAGAAGAAACAACUUUUCGAGUCUCUACUUGACGUCACUAGAACAGUAAUAGAAGCUUGUGAUCAACAUGAGCAUGGGCGACAUUUUCCGUAUUUGGCCAUUGAGCUACUUUCGGUCUUACAGAAAAGUAGUUCUUGGCUUGAGAAAGGCUCAACGGAGUUUGCGGAGCUUGUACAUAAGGGCUUGAGGCUUGCUUUAGAGCAGCAAUUGGGUGACGGUGGUCUUCGGCAUGGAUUGUCGGGCCAGACGGCUGCAAUUUGGUCCCACUAUGGGGGUAAUCGUGCUAGGCGCGCUCUGCAACAAUGUGGAACUUUUCGACUUGGAUACGAAUGUCUGGUGAGAUCGAUUGAUGAGUGGGAGACCGCGACGGCAGUUCCUUUGGUAGAUAUCGAGGCCACUCAACCUAUCAAAUACCUCUCAAUAGAGGAAAAGAAGCAAGACAUGUGCGAUACAGUCAGCAAGAAACUGGCAAAGACUACAGGUGAAUCUAAUGCUGGCAGACUUGCUUCUACGAAGCGAUCAAUGCGGUCAGUGACGAGGUCGGAAGCCGUCAAAUUGAAACAAAUUACAACUUGUUUGCUCUUGUUGGAUGCCUCAGUUCGAUUUGAAUCCACAGACAAAAUCAUUGAGUCUUGUAAAGAAGUAGAGAAGGUGCCAAAGUCGAUUUCUGCGGGGAAAGAUUCCGAAGAAGGGGACCAAGAGAAGAUGGACACCGAUGAAAAGAAUAGCGAGCUGGCCAACCAAUGUGAGGAUGAUUCCCAAGAUCCGGGUGCAAUGAAUGUCAGUGAAGCGAGGAAGGCGCUGAGCGAGGUUAUGCGCGAUGUUUUUGGGACACCGUCAUCAGCAAUGGAAAUAGACGCUGUGCCUGCCGACGAGGAAGAUGUUGACUUGGAUACCCUUCAUGAUCGAGCCCAGGAGUGUAAAUCAGUGCUCGUCGAUAAAGCAGAAGUAGAGAUAAUGGGUUGGUUGUCGAAGAAAACGGAAAAAACGAUCUCUAGUUCUUUUCCGACAGAAGCUCUCCUGAGCCACUGCCUUUCGCUUCUGAAGCUGUGGAACGGAGUGGAGGUCGGAGAUGCGCUGCUAGCAGUGCUGCAGUUGCUGGGAAGCUUGACUGCGGAUUGGGGGCUAGCUCAAUCAGCCAUCGACAGCGGAUUAACAUCCGAACUUUUGAGGCUACCACAACUCGAGUCGCACAAGUCCCGAUCCACGAACUGCAAGGUUGCGCGAAUGCUGACACGGACGAUCCUUCGUCACCUCAUCGAAGACCCGGAAUCGCUCCAUGAAGCAAUGGUUUCGGAACUCAGAAGCAUUUUCACAUCUAGCCAGCCGAGAGCUAGAGUAUCCUACUCCAUGAAGUCGUUGAUAUCUGCAGCUUCGCCGAUGAUAGCCCGUGACCUUCAAUGCUUUCUUUCAGCCCUAACGAAGAGCGUUCGCACAACUAAUAUUCGUACAUCAGACUCAGAUGGGUCACAGGAACUGGAGCUUAAUGACUACAAGCAGUUAAACACAAGCGAAAUGGAAUCUGUGCUAUCUCACCGUUCGAAUGUGAAGUCGGUCAUUUCCGCAAUUUCUUGUCUUCUGUCGGGUACCGUUUUGGAGCAUGAGUCAAGAGAACAUCAAGACUCUCGUUUGUCCGCGACUGAGACACUGACAAAUAAUGGAAUAGAAAGGACAGCGUUUGCUCUGGAACUGUUGACGGACUUUGUCGAGUUCUCUCAAGUCGCGGCAGUGGCGUUUAUCAAAACCCCAUCACCGACAUCUGAUAUCUCGGGAUCUGCUCUCGACUAUAUCAUUCAGAAGUUUAUUCCUUUUCCAGAAGCUCCAGAGACAAAGAACGUAAGUUCCCAAUCACUUGCUCGGGUAUCCUCGGGACGCGAAGAAGUGUGCAUUGCAGCACGUAAAUUGUUUCUGGCACUCUGUUCAAAGACAGCAAACACGCACGAGGACGCAGUGAGAGGUCUCGCCAGGGCAACCAAGCGUGAAGCUGACAAGGAACACGCUUGUGCGAAUGUGAUAGCUGGGUUGGCACAAUGUAUUGUGCCGGGGACGAAGUUCAGGGUUUUACGCGUCGUGCUUGAAACAGACUUCGCGAAUGACCUUGCUCGGAGCUUGCAACGACUGGACCUCAGCUUUGAGAAAAAUUUUGAAGUUGCAUCGAGCGUCUUGCGAGCCAUCACGUUGAUUGGAAGGGCUGCAACCUACAUGGCUCGACACGAUGACGAGAAUCCUGACGACACACCUUUCGGGACCAGUAGUCGUGAUCCAUUUGGCUUGCGAGUGCAAGACGACGGAUUAGGUCACCCUGGAGGUUUCAUGGUGCUGUAGGGCUGUGAGGAGGGUGGGCACCUGAGUUUUCUCGGAUGUCAUCACCGCGAGGAAGUUAACGACUGUACAUAACUUAGAGAAGAGGAUAAUACCUGAUUAAACUGACUAAACUUAUUAAUGACGAGGCUUCACAGGCCCACCUCUGAAUCUAUAAACUUCGAGCUCCGACUCCACG